UUUGUUGACUGUUUCUGGGAAUUUUGGGAGCUGUUUCUGGGAAUUUUUGGAAGUUGUUUCCGGGAAUUUUGGGGCUGUUUCAGUGGAAUUCGCCAUUUGUGGAAUUUUUUAAACAAGCUGAGGAUCCGUUUUCCCACGGAUCCGGAAUCCCGACGGGAUCCAUCCCCCUCCCCUUUCUCCCCGGCUUUUCCCUCGGCAUUCCAAAGGGAUUUACCCCGGGAUUAAGGGAAUUCUUCCCCCUUUUCCCCCUGGCCGGACUUUGCCCGCUCCGGGGAGGGAAGAACCCGCCUUGGGAAUCUCGCUCCGCCGGAAUCCUCCAGAAUCCGCCCGGCCCUGCCCUCGGGGGCGGAGGCGCUCCCGGUUUUUCCGCUCCCGGAAUUCUCCUGGAUCCCUUGUUGGAUCAAUUUUCCCGGCGAUCCAUUCCAAAAAAAACCCAAAAUCAAAAAAAAUCUGCGAUCUCCAGGAGUCUUUUUGGGGUUUUUUUUUGGUUUUUUGGGAGUUUCCCAACCUUGGGAAUUCCGGUUGGAUUCGAGGUCAAUCCUGGAUUAGGAAAACCGGGAAAACCGGCCGUGCCUUGGGCCUCUCCCUGGAUUUAACAACCCCAAUAUUUUUUUUAAAAAUCCUUAGGAUUCAUCCCACACCGUCUUCCCAGGAAGAGAAAAAAAAAACCCCCUGGGAAUCACCAAACAAGGAAAAAAAAUCCACCAAACCAUCGGAUCCGCCGGGAAUCCCACCCUCGGAAAAGGGAUCAAAACCAACGGGAAAUGCUCCCAAAACCCCGAUCCUCUCCGGAUCCCGGGAUAGAGGGAUAAAAACCCGCCGGCAGCCGGCGGGGGUGAUGCUCCCGGCCCUCAUUCCCGAGGUUUUCCCGGGAAUUCCCGGAUCAUGGCGGAGCACCAGGAGCUGCUGGCGGAGAUGCCGGCGGUUUCCCGGCUCAGCACCCCGGAGCGGCUCCGGCACGCGCAGAAGCGCCGGGCGCAGCAGCUGCGCAAGUGGGCGCAGGCGGAGAAGGAAAUGCCGGGAACGGGAGCGGGAAGCGAGAGGAGGAGGAGGAGGAGGAGGAAGAGCGGGAAGAGGGUGACGUUCCCGGCCAGCGUGCGGCUCCUGGAAGCGGCGGCGCGGCGCGACGCCGAGGAAGUCCGGCAGUUCCUGGAGAGCGGGAUCAGCCCCGACCUGUGCAACGAGGACGGGCUGACGGCGCUGCACCAGCUCCAUCCCUUCGUCCCCAAAUCCCGGUGAUCCCAGAUCCGGGUGUUUCCCAUCCCAAAUCCCGAUGUUCACGUCCUUCCCAUCCCGUUGAUUGGUGAUCCCGGAUCCCGCUGAUCCCGAAUCCCAGAGAUCCUGAAUCCCAGUGAUCCCAAAUCCCAGAGAUCCCGAAUCCCAGAGAUCCCAAAUCCCAGAGAUCCCAAAUCCCAGUGAUCCCGAAUCCCAGAGAUCCCAAAUCCCAGAGAUCCCGAAUCCCAGAGAUCCCGAAUCCCAGUGAUCCAAAAUCCCAGAGAUCCCAAAUCCCGCU